CUGUUACGCCGGCGCGGGGCGGGGACUGCGCACGGAGGCGGGGCCGUGGCGACCACAAUCUCGGGGCAGAUGGCGGCGGUGAAGGGAACCUGAGUGGGCCGGGGCCAUGAGUGCCACCCGGCCCCAGUUCAGCAUCGAUGACGCCUUCGAGCUGUCCCUGGAGGACGCGGGCCCUGGGCCGGAAUCCAGCGGCGUCGCCCGCUUCGGACCGCUGCAUUUUGAGCGCCGGGCCCGGUUCGAGGUGGCUGACGAGGACAAGCAGUCCCGGCUGCGCUACCAGAACCUGGAGAAUGAUGAGGAUGGAGCCCAGGCCUUUCCAGAGCCCGAUGGGGGAGUCAGCACCAGGUCAGGACCAGCUUCAAGGGGACCCCUUCCUUGCGCCCCCUCCUGCCACUCACCGAGUCACCUGUCCUGUAGGGAUUCUGGCCGUACAUCUGUCCGCAGCUCUCAGUGGUCCUUUAGCACCAUCAGCAGCAGCACCCAGCGCUCCUACAAUGCCUGCUGCAGCUGGACACAACACCCUUUGAUCCAGAAGAACCGCCGGGUAGUGCUGGCCUCCUUCCUGCUCCUGCUGCUGGGGCUCGUGCUGAUCUUGGUCGGCGUGGGACUGGAGGUGACCCCCUCUCCAGGUGUCUCCAGCGCCAUCUUCUUUGUGCCAGGCUUCCUGUUGUUGAUCCCGGGAGUCUACCACGUGAUCUUCAUCUACUGCGCGGUCAAGGGCUACCCGGGCUUCCAGUUCUUCUACCUGCCCUACUUCGAGAAGUGAGAGUCCAGGCGUCUGCCAUCCAGCGUCCUCUGAGGACCCUCUUUGGACCUGCGCCCCGUCUCGUUACCCUCAUCUCAAGGAGAAAGACCGUGCCCUCUCAGGAGUUUGCUUAGAAAGUUUAGGGCACGCAGGCUUGGUCCUGGGAAAGUCGCCCUUCUGUUUUGUGCCUUAACUUAUUCUCCAGCCCAGGGUCGGUGUUAUUUUGUGCUAAUAAAAGGGUGAUUAAUUCCAA